AAAAUACUUGAGAAAAAGAAGAGUUUGACAAAAAAAGUGGACCAAUAUGGGUGGACUCCACUUCAUUAUGCUGCAUAUUACAAUCUUACUUCAAUUACACAAGUCAUAUUAGAAUUUGAUGAAUCUGCUGCAUGCAUACCUGACAAGGAUCUUAAAAUGACACCUCUUCAUGUGGCUAGCAGUCAAGGGAAUCUAAAGGUAAUAGAAAAAAUUCUUUUUCAUUCUCCACAAUGUUGUGAACUGGUGCAUGCUAGAGGUUGGAAUUUCCUUCACUUUGCUAUGGUGAGUUUACAUGAAGAAGAUGUGGAUGUUCUCCUACAAAAUCCACUAGCUAGGAGUCUUAUACAUCAGAAGGAUGCCAAGGGGAACACUCCUCUCCAUGUUCUUGCAGCUUCAAAACGAAAUAAUUCAUUCGAGCUCAACAGUAUCAACUUGAAGCAUAAAAGCAACCUUCGGGUUAUCAACAGGCAAAAUAUUAAUGUCAAACAUAUAUUAAGCUAUGGCUUUCCAGAGCUUGAGCAAGAAAUUCAAGCAUUAACCAAAGAUGUUUGCAAUGGACAACGUCCAAGAGGUGUUAUCUGUAGUAGAAGAAAACCCAACAGUGAAAAUGUAUUUGAACUGGAUCCGAAAGAAAGAGAUACGCAUUUGAUAGUGGCUGCACUCAUAGCAACAGUAACCUUCGCAGCAGCUUUCACCGUGCCUGCUGGUUACCAAAGCGAAAAAGGUCAGAAUCAAGGUACUGCAAUCCUAAGUAGAAACUAUCAUUUUCAAACAUUUAUUAUAGCGGAUCUCAUCGCCAUGUUCCUCUCUCUUUCGGCUAUCCUUUUUCACUUUUCCAUGGAGUUUAAAUUUUUCCGAGAAGUACUGUUUCUCUUCGACACUGCAGUUGUCGGUACCAUUUUUGCCCUGAUAGCAAUGGUGAUUGCUUUCGUUAGUGGCAUUCGUGCUGUUUUGCUACCCCCUGUGGGGCUUUUUUCUGCCAUUUUAUGUAUUUGCAUCGGCUUCUGCAUCCUCGUGAGUGGCAUAAUGGUGAAAGUAAUCAUCGACGAGUGGAGGGAACAAAAGUUACGCACGAAUCAGAUAGAAACUUCCAGAAAUGGUUCAGCUACUUAAAAUGCAGAGGAUAGCUUCCAUGUUAAACAUUCUCAUGUCUUUUAGGGGUAGACGUUAGCACUUCUGUUAAAUUCAAGCUUGGUAUCAAUAAAUACUAAAAGACAAUGUUACAAUUAUUAAGACAAAAAGA